GGAUAAAGAAAUUCUUGUACGUGAUAAUUGUAUAUAACCAUGUCAAUCAUGCCUGGGCGAAGUUUUGAUCUCGUGAACCUUUUCUUCUCAAACACUUUCGUUCUAAACUUUAGAAUUCGAUACUUCUCUCGUUCGAACUUUCAUACAAUCAAGCGUUUAGAACUCUACAGCCAAGAUGCGUUUCUACUAUGCUAUCAUAGCGGGUCUCGCUACUCUCUCGCUUGCAGCUCCGCAGGGUCAAAUUCAAGAUGAAGUUGAUAAUGCGCUUGCUAGUAUCAAUGAAAAUGGAAAUGGCAAUGGCAACGACAAUGGAAAUUCCAAUGGCAAUGCCAAUGAGAAUGGAAAUAGCAAUGAGAACAACAACAGCAACAGCAAUACAAAUGUGAAUGAAAACACAAAUGUCAAUGAGAAUACCAAUAUCAACGAUAAUGAAAAUAACAAUAAGCCUCCACCAAAAUCAACUCCAGUCAAGUCAAGUUCCCGGACACCUCCACGAACAACCGUCAAAAGUACUGUCGUUAUCACUUCUACAAUCACGGUUCGUCCAACUAGUACUGUUCAGCCAACUACUCAAAGAAGUUCAACUCCAAGUAGCUCAGCUACUCGCACUCAAUCGGGUGUCACAACCAGCAGAACUUCAAGUGAAAGUAGCACAGGUACCCGUACCCAAUCGGGCCUUACAACCAGCAGAAGUUCAACUACCAGCGAGAGUAGAACCACACCCUCUAGCAUCAGUACAAGUACGACUUCGCGCGCUACAACAAGUGAAACAUCUUCUACUGUUUCCACCUCCAGUGGCACGGGAACUCGCACACAAUCCGGCCUCACAACAAGCCGUGAAAGCACUACGAUUACCACUACGGUCCCUACUACUUCAGAAACUGGCACAGGAACUCGUACUCAAUCUGGUCUUACAACAAGCCGAGAAACAACUGCUCCUCCUGAAACUGUUACCACUCGCAUAACUACUGGUACUGAAACUGGUACUGGAACUAGAACUGGUGGAGGAGGUGUAGUAACACCUACAACUCAGGUUCUUCCUCCUCCUGAGACUACAACUCAAGUUGUACCACCUCCUCUUAUCCCUACUACUCAGGUUGUGCCACCACCUCUCAUUCCAACGACUCAAGUUAUUCCUCCUCCUCUUAUCCCCACCACUGCAAUUGUUCCUCCACCAGCCGUUACAACCAACGCGCAAGGAUCCGUCAUCCCUGUCAUUCCUGUCAUUCCCAUCAUCCCUAUAACCGAAGCCGGCACCGCCACCGCAGCUGGAAAUGUCGUCCCACCCCCCAACACCCUCUUCCCCUCAAUCACGAUCCUCCCAGUCCUCACAACCAUCACUACCGUCAACCCACCCAUCACAACCAUAACCUCCAUCCCAAUCGUACCCAUCGCCCCCAUCGUACCUCUCACAAUCACCACCAACAACGCCGUCCUAACAGUUCAAGGAAUCCAAACCACCAUCUCGGGACAAGAAACUAUUGUUCCUGCGACACAGGCCCCAGCAAGUAUCGUUAGCACGAUCGUCAUUUCCGGCGUCACGCUUACGACUACUAUUCCUGCAGGUGCAAUUACCACGUUUGUUAGUGCAGGUCAAACAAUCACGACCUUUGUUCCUGGUGGUGCACCGGCGGAAACUAGUGCUGGAGCUGUUCUUGGUCAGUCUACUGGUGCUGCAGAGAGAGUUAAGGCGCUUGAAGGAGGAGCUAUUGUUGGACUUGUUGGGUUUGCUGUUGGGGGUUUGUUGUUGCUUUAAUUUUUGAUGUUUUUUUGAUUUCGUUGAUUUGAGUUGGUCGUUUAAUGUUCCGGAAUUAAUUUUUGAGACUUUGCUUGGAUUUGGAUUUUGUUGGAUUUAUAUGGCUUUGCGUUUAUAUCUAUAUUGAUUUGAAUUUGAUACUAAUGUUGCAAUGGAAGUU